AUGUCUGACGCUUUAAAUAGUACGCCAUCUCAAAGUCCAGAUAUUGGAUAUGAGAAAAACGAAAAUGGUGAACCAAUCGGAGAUCUUGAGCAUCAAGAAGAACCUCUUCAACAUCAACUUAAUCAAAAACCUUUAAGUGCAUACGUGGGGGUAAUAACAAGAUGUAUUUUGAUUGCCUUUGGUGGUUUCGUGUUUGGUUUUGAUACCGGUACCAUUUCUGGUUUCAUAAAUAUGAGUGAUUUCCAAAGAAGAUUUGGUCAAAGAAAUGCUGAAGGUGAGUACUACUUUUCAAACGUUAGAACAGGUUUGAUGGUUGGUAUUUUCAAUGCUGGGUGUGCCUUGGGUGCAGUUUUUCUUUCUAAAAGUGCCGAUUUAUGGGGAAGAAGAAUAGGAAUUUUGUCGGCAAUGCUUUUUUACGUUGUGGGUAUUAUUGUGCAAAUUUCAUCGUCUCAUGCAUGGUACCAGGUUAUGAUUGGAAGGAUUUUUUCAGGUAUUGGUGUCGGCUGUUUGUCCGUUGUUUGUCCCAUGUUUAUUUCUGAAGUAUGCCCAAAACAUUUGAGGGGUACCUUGGUUUGUUGUUUCCAGUUGAUGAUCACAUUGGGCAUCUUUUUAGGAUACUGUACAACUUAUGGUACCAAGCAAUACUCGGACGAUGUGCAAUGGAGAGUACCAUUAGGUUUGUGUUUCGCUUGGGCGUUAUUCUUGAUUGGAGGAAUGUUCAAUAUGCCCGAAUCACCACGUUAUCUUAUUGGUAAAGACAAGAUUGAGGAUGCCAAAAAAUCAUUGGCAAAGACAAAUAAGAUUUCUGAAGAAAAUCCGGCAUUGUUGAAAGAACUUAGAUUGAUCCAAGCUGGUGUUGAUAGAGAAAGAUUGGCUGGUAAAGCUGGUUGGACAACUUUGAUUACUGGUAAACCAAGAAUAUUCGAGAGGGUUUUGGUUGGUGCCAUGUUGCAAGCAUUGCAACAAUUAACCGGUAAUAAUUACUUUUUCUAUUACAGUACCACCAUUUUCAAAGCUGUUGGAUUGGACGAUUCAUUUGAAACAUCCAUUGUUAUUGGUGUCAUCAACUUUGCCUCCACUUUCUUAGGUAUCUACCUUAUUGAGAAAUUAGGUAGAAGAGUUUGUCUUUUGAUUGGUUCUGUUGCUAUGUCCGUUUGUUUCCUUAUUUAUUCAUUGGUUGGUACUCAAAGUCUUUAUGUUGGUAGUCCAAACGGACCCACACGUAAACCAAGUGGUGAUGCGAUGAUUUUCAUAACAUCUUUAUUCAUUUUCUGCUUUGCCUCAACAUGGGCCGGUGGUGUAUACUCCAUCAUAUCGGAGCUUUACCCAUUGAAAAUCAGAUCAAAGGCUAUGGGUGUUGCCUUGUCAGCUAAUUGGAUCUUUGGAUUUUUGAUAUCAUUUUUCACUUCUUUCAUCACAGAUUCAAUUCAUUUUUACUACGGUUUUGUAUUUUUUGGUUGCUUAGUGUUUUCGAUAUUUUUCGUUUACUUUAUGGUUUAUGAAACCAAAGGCCUUUCGUUAGAAGAGGUUGACGAAUUGUACCAAAGCGGAGUCCCUUCAUGGAAAUCGGGAGGUUGGACUCCUCCAUCAGAGGAAGAAAUGGCAACUACAACCGGAUACGCAGGCUAUCACAAAGCAGAAGAAGAACAUAUUCAAGAAAAAGAGCCAGAGCCAGAGCAAGAAUUGGUUUAA